CAUCUCUACACCUCACACGCACUCUUCUCUCUGACACGUCAUAUCUUCAGAACUCCGAAGGUUCUAGAGGUUCGACACCGCAACCGUUAAUGUCCGCCGCUAACGGCGCCGGCUUCUCCGCGACUCCGGUGGAGGAGGAGGAGGAGGACUUGCUCGAGACGCCAGUGCUCGACGCGGGCCGCGCCAAUCUCCUGCAGAGCAUAGCGGAACAAGGCGGAUACGCGUACGUGAGCAUGGAGGCGCUGGCGGCCGGCGGCGACGUGAGGGCGGCGGAGGCGGCGAGGGAAAUGGCCUGGGAGCAGCUACACUUGGGGCCGUGGCAUUCGGUUUUGCCUAUCUGGAGAGACGCCUACUCCAUGGCAUGCCUCCGCGUCGCCAAGCUACAUUACGCCGCCGGCGAGUUUAGCCAGGCUAUUCGGGCCCUCGACAUGGGCCUGAUCAUGGGCGGCCCGGCCCUCAGAGCUGACUUGAACCUCGCGAUCCAAAAAGCCUCGAAGAAAGCCAGCAUUGCUCUCGAUUCCUCUGUACAAAAUCAUAACAUUGUUUCCGAAGAAGUGAACAUGGCGGAGAUUUCGAGAAUUUUACCUGCAAGAUCACUCUCUUGUAAGUUAGUAGUGAAAAGGUCUGCUUUGUCCUUGGAAGGGUUCAUACAAGACCAUUAUAUAUCUGGAACUCCAGUCAUAAUUAGAGGUUGUUUGGAUCAAUGGCCAGCUAAGAGCAAAUGGAAUGAUUUGAACUACCUCAGAAGUGUUGCCGGCUUCCGCACAGUGCCAGUUGAGAUUGGAAAGCACUAUUUGUGCCCAGAAUGGAAACAAGAACUAAUAACAUUCUCUGAGUUUCUUGAGAGGAUUCAGUCUAACGAUCCCACCUCCACUGAAACUACAUACCUAGCUCAGCAUCCAUUAUUCGAUCAGAUCCAGGAGCUGAGGCAAGAUAUUCUUAUCCCUGAUUACUGCUCUGCUGGGGGUGGGGAAAUCAAGUCACUUAAUGCGUGGUUCGGUCCAGCUGGUACAGUGACACCCCUGCAUCACGAUCCUCACCAUAAUAUUCUUGCUCAGGUGGUUGGCAAAAAGUAUAUCAGGCUUUACCCUGCCACAAUCUCAGAAGAGCUUUACCCACAUAGUGAGGCCAUGCUUAGCAAUUCCAGCCAGGUUGAUCUGGACAAUAUAGAGGAGACUAGAGAAUUUGAGAAGAUAAUGGAGGUUGAGUUUGAGGACUGCAUUUUAGAGGAAGGAGAAAUGCUGUACAUUCCCCCAAACUGGUGGCACUAUGUACGCUCUCUCACUACAAGUUUUUCGGUUAGUUUUUGGUGGAACAAUUCAUCUCAGACUUGACUCCUCUAUUCUUCUUCUUGUAUACCACUCAAAUCAAAUGCCAAUUUAUGUCUCAUGGAAUAAUUCUAAAUCACUACUUUUAGACAAUUUAAUAUUAUAUAUAUUGUGAUGCACUGAUGCUC